UGAAAUUCAUCGGCAUUUGGUAAACAAACAUGGCGGAUCGGCAGUUGUGGUUGCAACGGCCGCUUGCUUCACAAAAAAUGCGAAGUGUGUCCAGGGCAUCCUUUACUUUGUAGCGGAGGACUUUGUUACGGAUUUUUUUUAUUAACUUUGCAAGAAAGAGUGAUGCUUGGACAGAAUGGGCGCGAAGCGAACAAGAAGAAUAACCAUCUGGCAAACCUUGCCCCUGAAGAAUUUCACACGUGUUUAUUUUCGACCCAUGCCAGAUUGUGAUAUUUCUCGCCGACUUUGAAGUGACCACAGCUUUUCAAUACGAUCAAAGCAAAAGUCCCACCAGAUUUGAAUUUGGAAGCGUCUGUUCGCGGUGUGACAUUCAUAUCUCCACGUGUUUUACCGUGAUCGUCCUUGGCGUCCGUUUUAACUUUCAGUCUCGUCCUGUUCAGCUGAGUUCUGUUUAGUUUUGAUUUCCGAAAAUGCCAAAGCACAGGUACGUUGUUGUUGACUGGGGAUCGUGGGGAGUGGAGGCGCAGAGUUCCUCGAAGAUCAUCGUUCGUGAUCCCUUCAAUGUGAGAGAAGGAGAUAAAUGUUCACUGCAAGGAACAGAUCCAGCGACAAAGAGACCCAUGUUGUUUCAGGGACAUGUUCUUGCAGUAUUUGUCAGGAGACAUUGGUCAAGUUAAUAGAGGAUGCUACCGAUGCAAAGUCAGCUGUGGAGGCACUAGCAAGGCAGCUGUUCUCAAGUGAGGAACUGCAGAAUUCAUCAGUCGCUGGCUUUCAGUGCAAUAAAGAUUAUGAAGCAAGACCAGGCCUGAGUCCAUCAAGGUGGAGCCUUUUAGAAAGUAUUGUGCUAAGGAAAGGAUUCACUGCAGCUACAAGGUCAUCUGUGAGAAAGAAACUUGGCCUGGUUCUAAAGAAGGCCAGAGCAAAUAAAGAAAACAAGGCCAGAGCAAAUAAAGAAAACAAGGCCAGAGCAAAUAAAGAAAACAAGGCCAGAGCAAAUAAAGAAAACAAGGCCAGAGCAAAUAAAGAAAACAAGGCCAGAGCAAAUAAAGAAAACAAGGCCAGAGCAAAUAAAGAAAACAAGGCCAGAGCAAAUAAAGAAAACAAGGCCAGAGCAAAUAAAGAAAACAAGGCCAGAGCAAAUAAAGAAAACAAGGCCAAAUGCAGAGGACAAGAACAGAGAAAGCUAUGAGAAACAUUUUAUUGUCCAUGUUUUUUUUUAUCAAAAAAGACAAUGUUUUUUCAGUUCAGGACAGUCAUAGCAACAAAGAAAAGACUUUAUGUAACAUAUAUUUUGGAUAAUUCAUUUUUACUGUAUAGAAUUUCAAAUAAAUUUGUUCAGGGUAUUGCUGGCAAAAAAAAAAGCACUAUUCUUGUUUUUGUUGGGCAUGUGGAUGCUACAAACAAAAAGCCUGUUAAGAUUCAUGGUAGAUUACAGGCUUGGUCUUGUUUGAUACAUCUAAUAAAUUAGUUGCAAGUAAAAGUUAUUAUAGUCAUUAGUCAGAGUGAAUCAUCAUGAAAUAAACACCUGAAAAAGCUGGACUAAAUGCUGAAAAAAAAUUUAAAAUCUAGAA